AUGGAUGCUCAAAAGACCCCUGUGAAGCUCGCCCGUGUCAUUAAAGUCCUUGGCCGUACCGGCUCUCGUGGUGGCGUUACCCAAGUGCGUGUUGAAUUCAUGGAUGACACCCAUCGCAGCAUCAUUCGUAAUGUCAAGGGUCCUGUGCGUGAAAACGAUAUCCUUUGCUUGCUCGAAUCCGAACGUGAAGCUCGUCGUCUUCGUUAA